UCAAGAGCUGAGGCUGGAGCAGGUGGUUACAUACAAGCAGGCCAAUCCAAUCCUUUCAGACAUACAAACAAUGUCUCAUGUCUACCGGUAGCAACUGAUGAUGUCCCGUCCUGCCACGUAUGGUGUGGACGUCUGUGCACACAGUGCACAUGAGAGUGGAAUCCUGAUCGGCACCAAUGAGACGACGGGUGGGGAUGAGGCCGAGGUGAUCGACCUCAAAGUGCAGCUCUCCUCGUCCGCAACGCUGGCUGUGCUCGAAAUUGGCCAUCAACCUGAGUUUAGAUGGAUUGAGCCCAAUCGGAUACGUGACGGGGAGUGCUAGUUGUGAUGGACAGAGACACACAUAUACAUAUACAUCAGAUAAUGUACCUGCGUCUGGUCUCCAGGGUGGGCCAGGAAUAAUCCGUCCACGUGGCUCGCCAGGAGUCUUCUCGGCGACUGACUCUCGUAAGUCUCGCCACCCUUCGAGGACUGAUCAAAUGCGAGACACAUAUGUGUCACUAUCUAUGAGUAUGUCUCACGGCCACCUUUGUCUCGGGAGACACACUUUAAUCCUUCCCUGUAGUCGGUUCUGGAUAGGGGGCGGCCGAGGCGUCCAAUCGCGCCCGCCAGGCUGGUCGCCACACUUUAGGGACAAGCGCCUGAGACACAUACACACACACACACACACGCGCACACACGCACACACAACAUCCAUCCCCUGUCCUUCCCCGUCCAGUGUCCCGAUCGGCUGCCCUCUCACCCGAUGACACGGUGGAUGGCAACUCGCAU